AUGGGCGGUGGUGGAAAAGUACCGUACCCCAAGCACGUCUGGUCGCCAGCUGGUGGUUGGUACGCUCAACCCGGCAAUUGGAGAGCCAACACGCUCGUCGCCGCAGGCAUCAUGGUCGGCAUCGUCGCCGUAACAUGGAAAUUCAGCGCCGAGAGAGAAACAUGGGCUCGCAAGCCGGAGCCUGGAGAGUGGCACCCAAGCCGAUACUGGUCAAAGCAAUUGAUUCAAUGGGAUAAGGAGGACCGGUUGAAGGAGCAGGCUAAUGCGAAGGACUAG